CACAGGGGCAUCACUCCCCAUCCAUUAGCAGGCUAGCUGGCUAACACCAAGCUAACGUCAGCUAUGGUCCAUCACCAUUAUCCCAUUUCUAAAAUAAACAGCUGCUCGGAAUGACCUGGCUAACCAACGGCAGACUGGCAACAUGGCGACUGUUUGGGUUUUAACCGGGUUCGCGAUGAGUGGUGCAACGAAGCGAGUGAGGAGCUUGCGUCACUGAUGCCAGGUGCAGGCUGUAGCUGAGAGCACUCAGGAUGAGUGGGGCUGGAGAGCACACAGACAUCCUGUCAGUGGCAGACGUGGUCAGAGACCGAUGGAAAGUGACGAGGAAGAUAGGUGGAGGCGGGUUUGGGGAGAUCUACGAGGUUUUGGAUCAGCUGAGUCAGGCCACCGUUGCCUUAAAGGUGGAGUCUGCUCAACAACCCAAACAGGUGCUGAAGAUGGAGGUGGCUGUGCUGAAGAAGCUUCAGGGCAAAGACCACGUGUGUCGCUUUGUGGGCUGUGGCCGCAAUGAUCGUUUCAACUACGUGGUGAUGGAACUCCAGGGGAGGAAUCUUGCAGAUUUGCGCAGAACCAUGAGCCGCGGCACCUUCUCCGUCUCCACAACUCUGCGACUUGGCAAGCAGAUUUUAGAAGCCAUCGAAAGCAUCCACUCCGUAGGCUUCCUGCACCGUGACAUUAAACCCUCUAACUUUGCGAUGGGAAGGCUAGCCAGUACCUGCAGAUGCUGCUAUAUGCUUGAUUUCGGCUUGGCCCGACAGUUUACCAACUCCAGCCAGGAAGUCCGUCCACCUCGGCCUGUUGCAGGCUUCAGAGGAACUGUGCGAUACGCUUCAAUCAAUGCUCAUAAGAACAAGGAAAUGGGCCGUCAUGAUGACCUGUGGUCCCUCUUCUAUAUGCUGGUUGAAUUCACAGUUGGUCAGCUGCCUUGGAGGAAAAUCAAAGACAAAGAACAAGUAGGAAACCUAAAAGAGACAUAUGACCAUAGACUCAUGCUUAAGCACCUUCCCUCAGAGUUUAGUACCUUCCUCGAUCACAUCUUGACCUUGGACUACUUCACUAAGCCAGACUAUCAGCUCCUGAUGUCAGUGUUUGAGAAUGCAAUGAAGAGCCACAGCGUGCUGGAGAACGACCCUUAUGACUGGGAGAAAUGUGAUUCGGAGGAUAUGCUGACCAUCACUGCCACCGCAACCACUGCUCAGCAGCUCACUCGCCUCACACCGGCGUACUUGGGCAUGGCCAAUGCUUCAGUGCUGCCAGGCGAGCUGCAGAGGGAGAACACUGAGGAUGUCCUGCAAGGGGAGCGCCUCAGCGACGCCGACAACUGCCCCCCCAUACCCACACCGACCACCCCUGGUGGAGACGUAUGGGAAGAGAUGGACCGCAACCGAAACCAUAAACACGCCCAACCGAUGAUCAGGAAGGUGGUGAGUGAGGAUGAACACAGUCAGAACCAGGGGAACCAGAGCCCCAACACCGGCUCCAUGCAGAGCUCUCCUAGACGGGUGCGAUCAGAGACCAUGUUCUUGGAGCGGGCUGCACCGCUGCUCCGGAGGAUGAGACACAGUCAGAGCUUGGCGUUUGAAAAGAGACUUGCACCUGAACCCAAGCCCACCAUCGAACGCUUCCUCGAGGCCUACCUGGGCAAACAGCAUCCUGCCCUUUCUCAAGUCAGGGAGAAAUCUAUUCCCGAGAGGGGGCAGGGGACGCCUUCCUGCAAUGAGGAACACUCCGGCACAGCGACCCCAGACCAAGAGGAGGGCGCAGCGAGCAGCGGCUUUGUGGCCGUGAAUCUCAGUCCCGUGCCCCAAGAGGGAGACUCUCAGGAGUGGGUUAUGCUGGAGCUGGAGCAAGGCAGCGGCUCUGGAGCCACCAAGCCUCCUGGUGAGGCCCUGCACGAGGACAAGACAGGGACGCCAGCUGAGGCUGAGAACCAGUCGUCCGAUCCGCAGGAUGGCCAGGUCACAGCGGUGCCGAGCAGUCCUGUCCUGUCGCAGAUGUCCAUGCCCGGCACGUGGUUGCUGGGCCACAGGAGGCUGCCGGGGAUGCUGGGACAAAUGCCCUCUGUCAUGAUGGGAAGAGCCCAGAUGGACCAGUCCUCCAGCUGUGCGCUACAGUCCCCUGUUCAGGAGAGGAGUGAUGCAAUACCACUAGAGGCACCAUCUGGUGAAUCUGAAGAACUCCCCGAGGAAAUCUUAAAAGAUGGAGGAAGGUUGGAGUUAGCACCUCUCCCAAGCUCAGUCAAAGGCCCUACUGCUCACCUGACAAAUGACAGAGACCCAGAGAGCGACUCCGGUCUGCCCGAUCGCUCCUCAGAGCCCAAUCAGCAGCCUCAAGCCGACACAGCAGGAGGUGCUAUGGAGAGCACUGUCACCGUCUCCUCCUCCCCGCCCCCAGCUCUGCUCAGGAGAAGAGACUCUCCCUCGUCCCCGAGAUACAGUCGAAUCCCAGUGCGAGACCCCAGCAACCCCCUGGACUCUCCAAGCAAGGACCUCAACAUGGAGAGGCGUCAUCGCUGGAGCAGUCCGGUCCCUGGCUCCCCCACCCACUCACCCUCUCCAUCUCUGUCCUGUGACAACCUGCCUUGUGCUCUGCCGAGGGACAGGCUCCUCUCAGAGCGAGGCUCCAGGUCCGACUGUGCAGCAGAAGACCCCCUCUCACUGUCCUCCUCAUCAGGUAGUAAAAGUAAGAUCCCACGUCCUGUGAGCGCCACCUUCGUACCCGAGCAACUCACAAGCAGGUUCCUGCCUCGACCACCUCCUGGGAAACCACCCAUCCGCCCGUGUGUGGACAACAGACGUCGGCGGUUGAGAGUGCGUGCCAGCAGCACUAGUGACGCAGACUUCCUCGCCAGUCUGACUCAGCUGAUGCAGGACCGUAGCGGGAUGCUCUUUAGCCCCCCUCCUCGCCCUCGCAGCUCCUCCUCCUCCCUGCAGCGCUCGCUAAGCUCCUCCCCCUCGCGGCAGGAGCUCCGAGAGGGCGGGGCACUGCAGGGACGCAGCCGCUCUCCGUCGAGCUUCUCCAGCUCCCCUCCUCCGCGGCACCCACACGACAGGUCCGUAGGGCCGGCUCAGUGGGGCCAGAGCUCCAGCAGGGGCAGGGGUCUGAUCCACGAAGGUAAAGGCUCCGGCAAAGUGAACCGAUGACUGUAUUUGACGCACACGUGACUGAUCCGGAUGGUGCAACUGUAGCGAGAGGCUGUUCCCCAUCCAGUCGCUGAUAGCAUGUGUAAAUACGGUAUUUACUCAAGGGAAUGUACUGUAUGUAAUGUAAAAUGUAUAAAAUGUAUUUAUUUAUUUAUUCAUCGUUGGAUGUGUCUCUCAAAAAUACUUGACGAUGUGGCUUGAUACCUGCAGUUGAAACAUAAAAGGCUGAGGAAACCUUGAGAUUGCCAACUCUUACCUCUCAUCUCACUCCUAACUCUCCAUGUAGGCCUAAUACCAGACCAAAAAGAUAAUGUUUAAUACUCGAGGGAUGUAAAAAUGACGCUAAUUGUAGAUAUGUACCAUGAGGAAAAUAGCAAACACUAAUAGAAACCAUGUACUCACGUUAAGAACACUAAUAGUAAUUAACACCACGCACAGUAUACCAACAUCGGUAUUCAUGUACAGAACCAGGGCAUGCAGCCCGUAUUGACCUCACUCCUGUAAACCAGCUAGAUUAAUUAUCGUAUGUGACAAUGAAUUGCUCAUUUGGCAUAUCACAGUGUGGUAGUGUGCUUUUACUUUGCUAGAAAAUAUUUGUCAUGCAGAAAAAGGCAUCCACAUAUUAGAAUGUACAUGUAAGUGCACUCAUACUUAAGUAUUGUAGAAGUGCAUGAGUAUCAUUGCAAAUGAUUUUUUGGUUUUUUGGUUUAUUUUUAUUCAUUUGUACAAUCUGCUGCAACAUCUGUAUUUUUAUUGAACUGCUUCUGAUCAAAGUACAUCAUAAUGUAGACCAGCAAUGAUGUGCAGUUUUAUUUCAUACAUCCAGUAGAUGGAAAAAGGAAGAAAAUUGAUAAAAAUGAAACCUGUUCAUCACGUCUGACUGUUGUCGCAUUUUAUUUUUAUCACAAUUUAAAAUUGGAUCUGAUAGAUUCAACAAGGUGCUGGAAACAUAGCAUCACAUAGUUGCUGAGGAUUUGUCAGCUGCACAUCCAUGAUGUGAAUCUCCCGUUCCACCACAUCCCAAAGGUGCUCUAUUGGAUUGAGAUCUGGUGACUGUGGAGGCCAUUGGAGUACAGUGAACUCAUUGCCAUGUUCAAGAAAUCAGUUUGAGAUGAUGUGAGCUUUGUGACAUGGUGCGUUAUCCUGCUGGAAGUAGCCAUCAGAAGAUGGGUACACUGUGGUCAUAAAGGGAUGGACACGGUCAGCAACAAUACUCAGGGAGGCUGUGGUGUUUAAACCAUGCUCAGUUGGUACUAAGGGGCCCAAAGUGUGCAAAGAAAAUGUCCCCCACACCAUUACACCACCACCACCAGCCUGAACUGUUAAUACAAGGCAGGAUGGAUCCUGGAUCUGCUGCUGUAGCCCAUCUGCUUCAAGGUUGGACGUGUUGUUGGUUCAGAGAUGGUCUUUUGCAGACC